AUGAACACUCUGGAAACGUUAAAACCCAUAGUUAAAAAAACAGAGCAGUUGAGUACUACUAGCAUAUCUCAUCCACCAACUAUCACGAGCAGAAGCAGUACAGAGGAUAUCUGCAGUGACGAGGAAAUUCAAUAUGGGUUUGAUACACAUGUGCGGUAUGGAUUCGAUUCAACCGACCUUGAGCCCUUUCCAUCAGCUUCAGGUAGAAGAUCGGCCAACCAAACGGGUGUUCAAACCAUUUUGCUGCCUGUUUCUACGACUGCAGUUGUCGAGUCGAGCACAUCAGAUAGCGAGACCCAAUUGCCUUGCCCAGACACGCAAGAGUCGCAAUUUACCAAAAAAAAACAAUCAAGCAAUCUUUCAACUAUAAAACGUAUCAGUUCAGAUGUUGCUUUAGAACUGCAAGUAUCUUUAUCACCUAGAGGAACAAUAUGCAAAUCAGAGUCAAGCAUUGCUCCAGCACAACCUUCCAGUCCCUUGUCAAGCUACAAUCUAGUUUUAAAUCCCAACGAAACUGUCCAAAAUCUAUCCAUUACCACAAAUCUAUUCGGAAAACCCACAAAAGACUCUUUAGAACAUCAUCAGUCUACUAUGGAAGCGGAAUCGAACAUGUCUAGAGUAGAUGAACCACCCGAUGUGAUGCUGGCGCGUAUGAGACUAGAAUUUGGAGACUUGAGUCAGGACAGAGCUGAUACACCCAACAUACACUCCAAGUCAACCCAUUAUUACACACAACCAUUCACGCAUGAAAGUAUUGCUCAACGCUCAAUAGGGCUUGUUUCUGGAGAAAGUCACCAUUCUUCCAUUUCAACAAUCCGUCCAGUUGGUGCAUCAACUGUAUCUCAAAAUGUUGAAAGUAUAUAUUCCCUGCAAAAUGAAAUGGUUGCUAAUGAGAGUCACGACUCUAUAGUAGCCGAUCAUAACGCUCUGGAAACAGCACCCAUUAUAGUGUAUAGUACGGCUGCUAAAUGUGAAUCGCCAAAAGUCAUUCGGCUUACAGCUUCAAAUGAUGAUAGUGAAUGCGCAUCGGUUGUGUCGAGAUUUCUUUUUGAAGACAGCAAUCUUUCCAGAAAUUCAUCAACUGAUAAUGAAUACAAGUUUGCAGCCAUAGUCACGGAUGCAGAUAAUAAGCAGGAGUUGCAAUACCAAUCAAACAGAUCGCUAUAUCAAGCUACAGUGGUUGAGGAAGUAUCACAACCAAAACACGUAUCACAGGUUAUCCAGUCAUCAACAGAAGUGACGACUCACGACAUCACAUUUGAUGAAAUGUCAGAUGCACCUUUGUUGAUACCCCACGUUGGAGGAGUUGACCAUUAUUCAGUUAUUCAACCCAUAUUCAACGACUCUGCUUCAGAUCAAGACACUUCUGAAUCAGAGGAUGGUCGUGAUUAUCAUGCAUCAACUAGUCCCAGCAUACACGAACAUUUCGAGUUUCUUCCUUCAUCUAAACCAACUUCGACUACACAUUUAAAUGGGGUACAAGUACCAGAGAUAUCUUUUCAACCAGCCGAUACUGAUCUUGCCAAAAACGAAUUUUGUGUUUAUUCACAUGAUAGUAAUAUUGAUAGUGACUCUAUCCAUUUUGUCGACGCUAAUGCCGCUGAUUUGGGUAGCCCAUCGAAUACAGUACAAAAAAUGGCCAACUCAGUUGAACAUCCAAUGCGUUUGUCCUACUCUGGUCUUUCCAAUAUCUGUGAAGUUGAUAGCAGUGUGCUACUGAUUAGCUCUGAAAGCUUAGGCAAGACAAGUGUUGGAGAGGCAAAAAUUUCUGUAGUUGAGCUCCAACUGCCAGCUGAAGUAUCUACACAAGUUUUGGAAACGCCAUCAAAUAUCGCCAGCAAAGAAACAAAACUGGACGAAACUGACUUGCCAUUGCCUCGAUCGGAUAGCGUAUCUACUGAAAAAAAUGUUACAAGUGCAAUUGUAUCGGAUAUUACCUGCACGACACAAACUAAGUCCAUUGAUGCAUCUGAGCCAGUACUAUCUCAACCAGAUACUUCUUGUUCAAAUGUAGUUCAAUCAAAUAUAGACACUGAGCUUGCUGAACCAAUAAAACCCGCUCAGUCUGAUUUUAUCAUUGAAGCAGGUACAAUGUUUAUCGCGAUUGCAUCCUUUCACGGCCAAGAUCUUGACGAACUGAAGAUGGAAGAAGGCGAUCUGAUUGAAUUAGAUAUGGCACCGGCUUCUGCUGAAGAAUAUUGGUGGAAAGGCACAAAUCGAUCAUGGGGAAAAAGUAAUGGCCAACAAGGAUUCUUUCCCAAAGAUUUUGUCAAAUUUUAUGAUCCUGACGCCAAAACCCAAGAACCCCAAAGCAUCAGUGACAAUGUUGAAAUAGAUGUAAAAGAUGGUGAAAAUAUGCAAGAAAAAGUUGAUAUGGAUGAAGAUACGAGCAUUGCCGUUGUUCAUGGCGAUCCUGAACCAGAGGAACUUGCUAGUCCUGAUCCUGUAGCACCAGGCACAAAAGUGAUUGUCAAGUAUCCCUACGAAAUGACAAAAAUGGAUGAGCUGUCCCUUAUUGAAGGCGAGUUAAUCGUGGUUCUAGAAUCGCCAAAAGGCGGGUGGUGGAAAGGCAUGAAGGGGCUAGACGAAAAAUCGCCAAAAACAGGUUGGUUUCCGGCUACUUUAGUUCGAGUUGAAGCUGUUGAAAGUGACUCGAAAGACAAACAAGUAUUUGAAAGCAAUGAUCAAAUAAACUCGGGUCGUCCUCAUGGUAGGAGCUUCUCUAGUGGGAAAAAGGCCAGCUUGAAACAAGGCGACGAGAAUUCGCCUGAUUCGCAGCGAAAAGGCGUAUCGUGGCUGAGACGACUAGUACCAAAAGAUAAAGAUAAAAGAAAGCAAUCCAUAUCUACCGAUGAAUCUGGAUCGUCUGUAUCAUCCAUCUCUACCUCUGUUGCCGCUGCAGAUGCUGUUGCUGCAAUUCAAGCAAGAAACAAUAUUGCAUUAGAUGGAUCUGAAAAAACCUCGGAAUCAACUGUUGCUGAUGCAAAUAUGUUGAUUGCAGCGAUUUCCGACUAUGCUACUCCUCAAAUUCUUUCUGGUCCAAGCAUAAUACGAACAACUUCCAUAACGGAUGCAACCGCUGAUGAUUUGUCUACUGUUGCUUUGGUACAAUCGCCGAAUGCACAGCACGCAAACAUAACAGGAAAUAAGAUCCCGUCGCUACAGCCAGUUGAAAAUGUAGCAUCACCAGCAUCAUUUUCACCAUCCAAUGGAGGAGUUUCAUUUUUUGGAUCGCAAAUGGACACGGGAGCUCAGCCAACACAACCUGUCACUGUACCACCACCACUGCAAGUUCAGUUUACCAACUCCACAUUUUUCUUGGAUAGCGAUUCGAGUAAACGUACCCAAUCAAGCCACUCUACAGUAGUUACUCGCACAACCCGUGCAAAUACAGCAGAUACACCCAUACCACAAAUUCAACGAAGCGUGUCGACUGAUGAUGCAGUAGAACCAACAUCAUAUCGAUCCUCUGACUCGACAGGUUCGCACAAUCACCGAUCCGGAACAUCCAUAAUUGGAAAGUCCAACAGCAUAUCCAGAAACACCAUGAUCUUUCCUUCAUCUCUCCCAGCAACCAUCACCUCCAACUGGAACCCUACUGAUCUUCUUCGUGGCUCCUCCUCUGAGAAAUGGCAAGACAGAUUUGAUGAGGUUAGUUUAGCUGGAAUGUCAUCUCAAGAUAAAAAGCGUAUAUCCGCCACAUGGGAACUUUUACAAACCGAGCGAGACUAUGUUCGUGACCUUGCUGUCAUUAUCGAGGUGUUUCUUAAACCCAUGGUGAAUUUAAAAACUCAAGGAAAACCAGUAAUCAAUAUAUUUGCCAACAUUGAACAACUAUUGAACGUCAAUGUCGAUUUUUUGAACCAAAUAGAAUUGGUUGGAGAUAUAACCGACACCAAAGCAUAUGCAGACGCGUUUAUUGCCAAUGUAAUUCUACAAUGGAUGUCAAUUAAAAUUGAGCUUGUGUUUUUACUGACUUUUUAUUUUUGGGAUGAAACUGAAUCAAAUAUUUAG